GCCACUUGUGAGGCCGUCAAAUACUUCAUCGACGAUACUCUGGGUCCCUACCUGGUGAACGUAACGGCAGCGGCCACUCUGUGCAGCCAGACCAUGUGUUCAUCUCGGGGCAGAUGCCAGAGGAGGAACCCGAACUCCGGGGCCUACCUCCACCUGGACCCCGCCGUGUGGAAGGUGGUGUCUAAGAGGAAACCAGAGGGCAGGCGGCACUACAGCGUUUUAGGACAGAUGAAAACACACGAGGUAACGUUCAAGAAGUCUGAGUUUCGGUGCAAGUGUUACCCAGGCUGGAGCGGUGAGAGCUGCUCCAAAACCACUCGGGGGUAAAGACAGGUAAUGGUUAGUAAUGUUCUAAUAAAUACCAGUUUAGUCUGUAAAA